ACCGAUUCGACCUUCCUUUUUGACUCAUGAGCCAUUAAGACUUGUUGCAUCAAAAGUCUUCUUUCUCACUCUCUCUCUUGCAAACGUCGAAGUUUAAAGCAAAAACAGAAAAGCACCCAACUUCACUAGCUUUGGUGCUGUUUCUUUGCUUUGUAUAAGAUUCUGUAAAACCAUGUGUAGUGGUUAUAAGAGGAAACCUUCUCAAACUGGUUUGAUUAAGGGGGUUGAGUAUGGACGACAAGAAGGGUCGCAUCUUAAAAUUUCUGCCUUGCUCGAGUUUUCAGCCACAGAUGAUGUAAUGGCUUUCAAAGAUGCAGUUGAAAUAGAGGGUUGUGAUGUUGAUGAGGUGGGCUUCUGGUACGGGAGGAGGGUUGGCUCAAAAGAAGUGGGUUUCGAAGAGAGGACCCCUCUUAUGAUUGCUGCUAUGUUUGGAAGCAAAAGUGUGUUAUCUUAUAUCCUUGGAACAGGCCAUGUUGAUGUUAAUCAGGCUUGUGGGUCAGAUGGAGCUACUGCCCUUCAUUGUGCUGUUGCUGGGGGUUCUGCUGCCUCCCCUGAGGUCAUCAAGCUGUUGCUUGAUGCAUCUGCGGAUGUUAGUACUGUUGAUGCUAAUGGUAAUAGGUCGUGUGACUUGAUUGUUUCGGUGUCAAAUGGUGUGUUUAAUUCAAGGAAGAGGAUACUACAGGCCAUAUUAGAAGGUGCGGAUGGUAUUGAUGAGGCUUACCUUAGAUUUGAUGAUGCUGUACAGCAAUAUGUAUAUACACCUCGGAGUUCAAAAGAUGGGACUGAGAAGAAAGAUUAUCCUGUUGAUCUCUCUCUUCCUGACAUAAAGAAUGGGAUAUAUAGCACAGAUGAGUUUAGGAUGUAUACAUUUAAAGUGAAGCCUUGUUCAAGAGCUUAUUCUCAUGAUUGGACUGAAUGCCCCUUUGUUCAUCCUGGGGAAAAUGCAAGGCGGCGUGAUCCAAGGAAAUAUCAAUAUAGUUGUGUCCCUUGCCCUGAGUUUCGGAAGGGAUCUUGCAGCAAGGGGGAUGCUUGUGAGUAUGCGCAUGGAAUUUUUGAGUGCUGGCUUCACCCUGCUCAAUAUAGAACACGGCUUUGCAAGGAUGAAAUUGGAUGCACUAGAAGAGUUUGCUUCUUUGCUCACAAGCUGGAGGAGCUUCGUCCUGUGUAUGCUUCUACUGGUUCUGCUAUGCCUUCUUCCAGUUCAUAUUCAGCUAGUGCUUCUUCAUUGGACGCUUUAACACCACCCUUGACUCCAUCUCAAGCAUCUUCUCCUGUGAGUGGAACCAUGUGGCAGACUCAGUCUCAUGUUGCAGCUCCAACCCUUCAGUUGUCUGGAAGCAGAUUGAAAACUGCAUUAAAUACUAGAGAUGCUGAUUCAGACAUUGAAUUGCUUGCACAUGAAAAUCGUCAACUUAUGCAGCAGCUGAAGAUCGAAGAGAUGGCUGCAGUCUCUAGUCUUUCAUCCGCUUCUAAAUGGAAACGUCCCAUGCCUCCAUGUCUUUGUAAUCAAAUCAGGGAGUUACAUAGGUUUGCAGGAGUGAGACCGACUAACUUUGAAGACAUUUUCGGGUCGCAGAUACAAUCUCCCACUGGAAUUCAGGUGCAUCAACAUGUGAAACAGCAACUGAGAGACUACCCUUCCAACUUUUCCACUUCAAGAGUGAUUCGAUCGCCAUCGUUCAGUGUCGAUCCAUCUGGGACAACAGCCAAAAUGACUUUGAAUCCUAGAGAUGCUGCCUUUUCAAAUAGGAGCCAGAGCUUUAUCGACCAUAGUAAUGUGAAUUGCAAUUCUGAGUUUCCUUCUCUUGAUACCUCUGUUGCUUUUGAGCCUUAUGGCUUCUCUAGUUGGGGCUCCCCUGACGGCAAGUUGGACUGGGCCAUAUGCGAUGAUGAACUGAAUAAGCUGAGGAAAUCUUCUUCUUUUGGAUUCCAUAGCAGCAAUAGUCCUUUAAAAUUGGCUUCAACAACUGUGCCACCAAGUGUUGAUGAGCCAGAUGUGUCUUGGGUUCAUUCACUUGUGAAGGAUGCUGCACCAAUGGAAUCUGAACAGUAUAAUUGUGUCGAAGAGCAACUGCAAUUCCAUCUUAACGAUGGAAAAAAUGUGGUGCCAGAUAAUCAGGAGCAAUUGUACAUGGAGCAUGAGCAGAUUGUUGCAUAAAUGCAAUGUCAAUAGUGGGACCGGGUCCUCUAUGCAACUCUAUACUAGUUUAUUUAUUUAAUUAUUAUUUUUAAAUUUUAUAGAUAUUCAUUAUAUGUAGGUGAUAAUUUGUAGAAAUUAUGUUUAAAUGUUUCCCAGGGCAACAAUGUAGAAGCUGAGCAGAAUUCAAGUUUUCUGCUCCAGUAGCUACUUAUAACUACUAGGGUAUUUGAUUCCAUUGCUUUCCUAAUUUUUUUUACACCUGUUAUUUGUUUUGCUCUAUUGAGUUGUAACUUUCCAGCAACCAAGAGUGGAACAAAUGCAGUGAGACUAAAGAUAAUGAUGCUGAUAAUUUUAGUAAUGUUAAUUUUCAAUUUGUUUAGUUUAUG